UUUCAAAAAAAAAAUCAUAUUUUUUUAUUUGAUAACUAUUUAAUAACAUCAUCUUUAUUUUAUUCUUACUGUGUCCCAAAAAAAAAUAAUUUAAAAAUAAUAAAACGUGACGGAGCGAAUAUAAUAUGGAAAUAUUCAUUUCCUUGACUCAAAGUCCAAAAUCCAAAAUAUAUAUAUAAACAGAGAUCCAAAAUCCAAAUAAACUAACACAGAAAAAAAAUGGCUUCGUUCGAGUCGUUCAGCAUGGACGGCGAUAACUAUACGGCGGCAGCUCCUCCGUUCGACGACGGCUUCGCCGGCUACUCCGCCGCUGAUACGCCGCCAUAUGAAACAGUCAACAGUAGCAGCUCCGAUCCGUACGGGUUCGGGUCGGAUUCGUACCCGAAUCAAUCAACUCAAGAUUCUGAAGGAAUUUUUGGCUCCGAUGAACCGGUGCUGCCUCCUCCUAGUGAAAUGAGAGAGGAAGGUUUUGCUCUACGCGAAUGGAGAAGGCAAAACACCCUCCGUCUUGAGGAGAAUGAGAAGAGGGAAAAAGAAAUUAGAAACCAAAUUAUUGAGGAAGGUGAAGAGCAUAAGAAAGCAUUCUAUGAGAAAAAAAAGCUCAAUAUUGAGACCAAUAAGACUAACAACCGCGACAAAGAGAACCUGUACUUGAUUAAUCAAGAAAAGUUCCACAAAGAAGCUGACAAACAGUACUGGAAAUCCAUAGCGGAGCUUAUCCCUAAUGAGGUUCCGAAUAUUGAAAAGAAAGGACGGAAGAAGGAUCAAGACAAGAAGCCUGCCGUGACUGUCAUUCAAGGGCCCAAACCUGGAAAACCCACUGAUCUUUCACGGAUGCGUCACAUCUUAGUGAAGCUUAAGCACAACCCACCACCUCAUAUGCUAGCACCGCCACCACCUGUACCUGCCAAGGACGACAAAGCUGGGAAGGACGGAAAAGAGAACACCAAAGAUGCAGCAGCAGCUGAGGGAACUGCACCCGCUACCAGAGACGUACCUGCUAGUGUGUCCAGUGUAAGUGUUACUCAGACAUCAGAAGAACCUGCUGUUGUAUCUUUAUUCUCUUGACGGAUGCGAAAACAACCAUUUUGAGCACUCGAUAUUCUGUGCCUUCAUCACAUUCCAUUGGUUCGAGGCGAAUGCAGCCACGUUGUGCUAUUCUAAACAUCAAGAUCUUUUAAUUUGUAAUUGAAAUCGAGACGAUUUUCAUGUUCAUAGAAAGUUUCUCUUUUUUUUUUUUUUCUCCUCUUUAAUGUUGAUCUUUAACUUGCAUUAUCUGUAUCUUUGUGGUUGACCUCUAGAGGCUCCAUUUUGUAUCAUUUUAUGUCAUGAUUUAUAUGCUAUGGGAGUUGUGUUUCA